CCAUGCACUGUGCGGUUUUUCCCCAGCGGUUUCCUAACAGAUGCAGGUGUGUCAGGAAAGAGGUGUUCCUUCAUUUUUCUGAUCUGUGCACCAGGGCCGUCUGGCAGCAGCGGUCUCGUAGGGACCAGGGAAGGAUUUAAUGAGGGAAGGAGCUCCGGGGAAGGGUCGUAGGAGUGGCAGUCUGCGUUGGACACGCUGGGGCUCCAGCUUGCAGCUCCUGCUUGAGCAUCCAUGAGGAUGGGAUUCACGAAGAUGCCCCCAAACCAACCCGGCUACGUGUGGGAAGCUGCUGAUGAGACAAGCAGUGUGGCCAGCAGGGGCCUCUGGCAGGCAGCCGUGUGAGCAGCUGAGCUGUGGGAACCAAGGGAGGGUCAACAGCAGGGAUGCUCAGCUGGCUAUCACCUGACCUGGAGGGUGUGUGUGUGUGUGUUUGUUUUAUCUCAAAGGCAGAGUUGGAGCGGGAGAGACAGAGAUCUUUCAUUUACUGAUUCAUUCCCCAAAUGCCCACCACUGCCCGAGCUGGGCCAGGCUGAAGCCAGGAGACAGGAACUUCAUCUGGGUCUCCUACAUGGGUGGCAGGAGCUCAAGCACUUGGGCUGUUUUCCACUGACCUGGGAACUUUUAAGUUGAUUAAAAUCGGGUCAGGGCUGUGGCAUAGCUGGUAAAGCCACCAACUGCAACUCCAGCAUCCCAUGUGGGCGCCGGUUCAAGUCCUGGCUGUUCCUCUUUCAAUCCAGCUUCCUGUAAAUGGCCUGGGAAAGCAGCAGAUGAUGGCCCAGCUACCUGGGCCCCUGCCACCCAUGUGGGAGAGCUGGGAAAAGCCCCUGGCUCCUGGCCCCUGAUUUCAGGCAGGCUCCAUGCUGGCUGUUGCUGCCAUCUGUGACAUGAACCAGCAGAUGGAAGAUUGCUCUCUGUAGCUUUGACUUUAAAAAUAAGUAAAUAAUUUUUUUUGGAAAAAUCAGCUCAAAACCUGUAUAAUUUAGGACCAGUUUUGUAGUUCAGCAGGUUAAGCUGCCUCUUGCGACACCAGCAUCUCCUGUCCGUGUCAGUGUGAGUCUUUCUGCCUUCUGUCGAGCUCCCUGCUCGUGUAUCUGGGAAGGCAAUGGAAGAUGACCCAAGUACAUGGGCCUCUGCUACCCAUGUGGGAGAUCAGGUGGAGCUCCUGGGUUUGGCCUGUUGCAGCCAUCUGGGGAGUGAGCCAGCAGAUGGAAGAUAUCUCACUUUGCCUUUCCAAUAAUAAAUAGAUCAUUUAAAAAAUUUUUAAAUAGAAAAGUGAGAUCAUUUGGCAGAGGUAAAAAAUUGGCCACAACUAGACUGAGACACUGAUUCUUUCUGGAUGUAAUUCCCUGGCACUGCUCUGAGCCUCGCCGCCUCUGUUGAUGAGGAAUUGUUAGAAAUGAGGAAGGAGGAACAGCCGAUCGAGAUUUUUCAUGCCUGUGUGGUCUGAGGGACUGGAAGAACGGAAUUGCCAUCUUUGCUGAGUGGCGCAGCCUUGGUGCAGACGGGUGAGCAAAGGCACCUUGUACACCACACCAGCACCUGUGGGUGGGCCUGGUGGGUUCUGUGUCAGCCGAUUCUGGCUUCUACUCUGGGGACUCCUAGCUGUCACCCUGCAAACAGGUGAUGUCCCCACUCAGAGCGUCAUUUUCUUGCUGAGUAAAAAGGAACCCCUCUGUGUUUGUGCAGGGUGAGUAGAACCGACCCAGAGUGCUUGGAGCUGGCAGUGUUCCGGGUUUUGGAAUAUUUGCGUGGACCUGUGUUGUCUUGGGAUCCAGAUCUAAACGCAAGACUCAUUAUUUUUUGGUGUACACCUCAUACACAGAGCCUGAAGGGGAUUUUAUGCAGAUUUUUAAAUAUACAAUAUUUUUAGUGCAUCUGUGUUUGGAAUGUGACCUGUCACAGGAGGUUCAGUGUGGAAUUUCUCACUUGUGGCUGUCAACAUUUGUAUUCAAAAAAGUAUUGGAUUUUAGCUUCCAGAUUUUUUUUUUUAAAUUAUUUAUCUGAAAGGCACAGUUAAAGAGAGAGGGAGAGACAGAUCUUCCAUCCACUGGUUCCCUCCCCAAAUGGCUGCAGCAGCCAGGCCUGGGCGGGCUGAAGCCGGGAGCUUAUUCUGGGUCUCCCACAUGGGUGCAGGAGUCUAAGCACUUGGGCCAUCCUCUACUGCUUUUCCAGGCCAUUAGCAGGGAGCUGGAUCAGAAGUGGAGCAGCUGGGACUCGAACCAGCCCCCGUAUGAGUGCCAGCAUCACAGGUGGUGGCUUUACCCACUAGGUCCCAGUGCUGGCCUCUAGAUUCCAGAUUUCAGGGUUAGCGGUGCUCAACCUGUACUCAGUACAGCCACCACCAGGCACUUCCCAAGAGUCACGUCAGCAGGGAUUUACUGAGUACUGGCAUGUGAAUCUAACACACAUGUACACGUAAGAUGCUAAACGCUGUUCCAGAGACGGUGUACAAUGGCAAAACCGAAAAGCCAGCUUCAGAUACUGUAUUCUGAUGAGGGAGAGGCGGUGAUCAAGGAGAGCCCAGUAGGCCGCUGUCCUGCCGACAGCCCAUGUUGGAGUCCCAACUGCUCUGCUUCCCAUCCAGCUCCCUGCUAAUGCACCUGUGAAAGCAACAGAAGAUGGCCCAAGUGUUUGGGCCCCUGCACCUAGGUGGGAGACCCAGAUGGAGCUCCUGGCUCCUGGCUUCAGUCCAGCUGUGGCAGGCAUUUGGGGAGUGAACUAACAGGUGGAAGAUCUGUCUCUCCCUAUGGCUCUAACUCUUUCUAACAAAUAAAUGUAUCUUCAAAAAGAAAAGCCUCUGAGAAGGGUCCCUGGAGCAGAGCUGUUUUGCUUUUGAUGUCUGCGUGCUUAGCUGGGCGUUGCUCAGGGCCUGUCUCCUCAGACUCCUCCCUGGCCCCAGGCCUGCGUGUCCAGCCUUUGAAACAAGCAUGGGCUGGCCAGGCCCGGGGCAAGGCCUGAGGGGAAGGCGGGGGCUCUGGAAACUGGGCUUGCAGCACAGUGUGGAGGUGAGAGGUGAGUACCAUGCGACACCGCUUCCUCCUCCUGACCUUGGGCCGUGGCUUGCUUUUCUCCUCAGCCUGAAAGCUGAAGGGGAAGCAUCCCAGAGAGCGACUGGCAAGCACCUGGAGCGGAGGUGCUGCAGAGCAGCCCGCCCGGGGAGGGGUGGGAAAAGCGCCAGGGUCCUGGGGUGGGCGAAGGCUGUGAGGGCCGGGAUGAAAGCCCCGGGUGCCAGUGCUGGGGCUCAAGAGAAGUGUGCCGUUCCGUGUCCUGCUUGUGUGGCCGGAGUACAGAAAGGGGGUGUGGGGGUUGCCAUGGCUGCCUUGGUCCCGUAUGAAGUUUGGAUAUGGACAGGUGGCCUCCAGGGUGGGUGCUGCUGGUCUCCACUCUGCACUGUCCACACCUGGGGUGUCUUCAAGUGUGAGCUGGACCCAGUGACCUGCCUCGUGAAUGCAGGGUUCCCCCUUACCUGCAAGGGGAUACCUCCCAUGGACCCCCCCCCACACACACACCUGGAACCAGACAGCCCCGGGUCCUGGUGGGGCGCCUUCUAAUUUUGGCUGGGACUGGCGCUCUGGGGUGCAGCAGCGAAGUUAGCAUGGCUUGCCCCCUUCUCACUCUCACAGGUGGGUUUGUUCUGCCCGGGAUCACAGCAACCUCGCGAGCAAUGCUCUUACUGAGAACUUGACCUUCCGUUAAGUGAAGCCCUUGACAGCUGCUCUCCUGCGUAUCCGAGUUGCCAGCUUUGCGGCUGUUGUACUUGGGGCCAUGGUUUUAUGGAGUCCCAGGAACACAAGCACCAUAGCACACAUGGCUCAGGUCCACUGCACCAGGGGAUGCCUCACUUUCUGGGCAGGGUGGGACAGGAUGACUUGAGAUUUCAUGCUAUUCAGAAUGGCAUGCAACUUAAAACUUAGGAAGUAUUUAGUUCUGGAGUUUUCCAUCUCAUAUUCUCAGACCACAGGUAAGUGAAGGCUGCAGAUAAAGGUGUGUGGUGGGGGGGACUACUGGGUAGCAAAAAUGGUGGGAUGUCCUUUCUAGGAUAAGAUUACAAAGAUGCAGCCGGUGCCGCCGCUCUCCAGAAUAAUCCUCCGCCUGUGGCGCCAGCACCCCGGGUUCUAGUCCCGGUUGGGGCACUGGAUUCUGUCUCGGUUGCUCCUCUUCCAGUCCAGCUCUCUGCUGUGGCCUGGGAAGGCAAUGGAGGAUGGCUCAAGUGCUUGGGCCCUGUACCCACAUGGGAGACCAGGAGGAAGCACCUGGCUCCUGGCUUUGGAUCGGUGCAGCGUGCCAGCCGUAGUGGCCAUUUGGGGGGUGAACCAAUGGAAGGAAGACCUGUCUCUCUGUCUAACUCUGCCUGUCAAAAAAACCAAAAAAGAUUACAAAGAUGCUUCUGUCCUGCUUGGUGGGAAGCCAGCCACCGUGUCGUGUGCUUUCUGAAGACGUGUGUGGCAAGGAGCCAAGGAAGCUUCCCACCAACAGUCAUUGCGGACAGAGGUCCUCAGUCCAGUUCCCACAGGCGACUGAGCCCUUCCAGCACUUGCCCGAAUGACUUUGGGACUGGAUCCUUCCCCGGUCCAGCCUUCAAGUGAGGCUGCAGCCCUGUGGGGACACUGGGCACAGGCAUCCAGCUAAGCUACACCGGGAUUUCUGGCCCACAGGAAAGAGGGUAAUGUUGGUUUUAAGUUACUACAUUGUGGGAUGACUAAUGCAGCAGUAGAUAAAUGCAUUGACUCUGGGAAGUGAAGCCACUUCUACCCCUUUGUGAUUUCAUCAACAUUAGGGGCCAUAGUCCCCACAGCUAAUUAUUUUGUUCUUUCUAAAUAUCCGGCAGGUGCGCGCGCGGAGGGGUGGGGUGCAUUGUGGUGCAGUUGCCAUCUGCAGCACCCACACCCCAGCUCCCAGCUGCUCUGCUUCCAAUCCAGCUCUGCUAAUGUGCCCAGGAAAGCAGUGAAAGGUGGCUCAAGUAGUUGGGCCCCUGCCAGCCCUGUAGGAGACCUGGAUUGAGUUCCUGGCUCCUGUAUCUGUUUCUCAUCACUCUUCUCUUUAAAUAAAUUAAGAAGAUAAAUGUUUAUUUGGAAGGCAGAGUUAGAGAGAGUUCUUUGAUCUGCUGGUUCAUUCUAAUGGCUGCAGUAGCUCGGGCUGGGCCAUGCUGAAGCCAGGAGCUUCAUUCUGAGUCUCCUACAUGGGUGGCAAGCACUUGGACCAUCUUUGGCUGCUUCCCCAAGUGCGUGAGCAGGGAGCUGAGUUAGAAGUAGAGCAGCUGGGACAUUAACCGGCGCCCAUAUGGGAGGCUGGUGUUGCAGGUGGUAGCUUAAUCUGCUGUGCCACAACUCUGGCCCCAGUAAGUGAAUCUAAAAAAAUACCCUGGGGUGAAGUCAAUGAUGUGGCUUAUUGGACUAAGCUGCUACCUGCAGCGCCAGCAUCCCAUGUGGGCGCUGGUUCAAGUCCCGGCUGUUAAGCUUCUGAUCUAGCUCCCUGCUAAUGUGCCUGGAAAAGCAGCAGAUGGCCCAAGUUCUUGGGCCACUGCACCGACAUGGGAGACCUGGAAGAAGCUCCUGGCUUGGCCCAGCCCCAGCCAUUGUGGCCAUUUGGGAAGUAAACCAGCAGAUAAGACUCUCCCUCUCUAUCUGUAACUCUGCAUUUCAAAAAAAAUACACAUAUCUGUGGGGCAGGUGUUUGGUGCAGUGGUUAGGGCACUGCUUGGGUUGCCCACACCCACCUCAGAAUGCCUGGGUUGCAUUUCCAGCUUUGCUUUUUUGAAUCCUGCAUUCUUACUAAUGCACACUUGGGAGGUAGCAAGUGAUGGCUUAAGUACUUGGGUCUCUGCCACCCACUGGGGAGACCUGGAUUGACUUUCUUUUUAACUAUGUAUUUACUUGCAAGGCAGUUUUAGAGAGGGAGAGACAGUAAGUUCUUGCAUCUGCUGGUUCACUCGCCAAAUGGCUGCAAGUGCCAGAGCUGGGCGGGUUCCAGGACUCCCACACAGGUGCAGGGGCCCAAGCACUUGGGCCACCCUCCACUGCUUUUCCAGGCCUUAGCAGGGAGUUGGAUUAGAAGUGGAGCAGCCGGGACUCAAACCGGAGCCCUUAUUGGAUGCUGGCACCACAGGCAGCAGCUUUACCUGCUGUGCUCCUGGCUUCAGCCUCGCCCAGCCCUUAAUGUUUCAGCAGCUGGAAGAUCUCUCUCUUCUCUGUCUUUCAAAUAAAAUGAAAAUAAAUAAGAAGUUAUUAAAAAGUUUUGUUUGCUGGCUCUUUUCUCCCCACCAGAGGCCUUGGUCUCUCAUUCCUUGAGGAAUCUACAGUUUCUGGAUCAGGAUCUAGCACCUUGUACACACUCAUUAAAUAUUUAUUGAUUAAAGGAAUAAUUUCUAAAAAUUUUCUAAAGUGGAGGGUUCUGGGACAAGUGUUUGGGAUGCCUUCAUUCCAUAGCAGAUUGCCUGGGUUCAGACCCGUCUCAGCUCUGCUCCCAAUUCUAGCUUCCUGCUAAUGUGCACCGUGGUGAUGACUGGAGUGCUUGGGUCUCUGCCCUCCACAUGCGAGACCUGGAUUGGUCCCUAGCUCCUGGUAUCAGCCGGGGCUGCCCUCUGCUGUUGCAGGCAUUUUGGGAGUGAACCAGUGGGCGGGGGCCCUGUCUGCCUCUCAGAUGGAUAAAGGAAAAACGUAAUGGGAAGUUCAAACUGAGGCCGGACCCUGGAACUCUCAUGGGUGGCAGGGACCCAGGUACUGUGCCUCUCAGGAUGCGUUAGGUUGUGAGCAGGGCAGCCUGGGCUCAAACUGCAGUCGUGUGUGGGGUGCAGGCGUCCUCAGCAGUGACUCAGCUCACUGGGCCACAGCACCUGCUCCUCAGAUUCUCUUUAAGGUUCAUUUAUUGAUUUUGACAGUCACAGGGCCCAAGAACUGGGCCGCCAUCUGCUGUUACUAGCGUGGAGCGGCCAGGACUUGAACCAGCGUCGAUAUGGGAAGCUGGCCUUGUGGGCAGCAGCUCAACCCCUGCUCCGCAGCGCCAGUCCCUCUCUGGUCUUUUCAAGUCUAGAGGACUUCUUGUUCCCUCUCUCCGGCAGCUUACUGCUUAUCUAGUUGCAAUAAUCUGAUCUUGUGUCCAGACCAUCCCUGGGAGUGCUUUGUCCUCCAGGUCCCCUGCAGAUCCCUUGAAUGGGCUCUUAUUUAACCCCUUCAGGAGCUCCAUGAGGUCAGAGAGCAAGGUGCUGGGUGUCCCCACCCCCUCGGUCCCUUUGCCAUAUGAAAAGGGGAGUAGUAGCCCCUCCUCCACUUGCGUUAAUAAGAUGUAUGUGGUGAACACUGUCACGGUUCACUUUCACUGUCUUCCCCAUUUUGCAGAGGAGGAAGGCGGGGCUCUGAGAGGGGCAGGGGUUGGCCCAGGCAGGGUGAAUAGUGAGCUGGCUGGGCUGCCAGCGGCCCUGAGGCCCCAUGGAGUUGUCACUCAGUGCUGGGAGCUGCGGCCCUUGUCCUCAAAGGGCUGCCUUGUUCUGCCCCCAGCACGGGAAAUUCCAAGUGGUUUUCCAAACUGGCUUCUCUGGUUCUGUCCCUGGAGGGAGCAGCAGAGGGGCCUGGGUACCCUAAGCGAGAUUCCUGGGAGGAUGGGAUUGAGUCCAAGCUGAGGGGGACGCUGUCACCUGGACUGACCUGGGCAGCUGAGGGCCUAUCUGGGCCUUUCCGUGAGCCAGCAGCCCUCACCCCGUCUUUGAAAUGGUUCUGGCUGGGUGGCGGCCUCUAGGUGGUAUGGGUAAAAUUGGGUCUGGUUUAAGGCGGGGUCAACACAGAGAACACAGGUCUCCUUGUGUUGCUGGCCAGAGGGAGAGCAAGAGCACACCAGAGACCACUUCUCCCCUUGGUUGCUCUCGCUCAUGGCCGUGAUGGCUCGGUCCCUGUCCCCGGUGCUCCUCGGUGUCAUCGUCGUGCUGUCUGCCACCCCAGGGCCUAGUGCGGGGGACCGCCCCAUGCCCAAGCUGGCCGAGCGGAAGCUGUGUGCCGAUGAGGAAUGCAGCCACCCCAUCUCCAUGGCUGUGGCUCUUCAGGACUACGUGGCCCCCGACUGCCGCUUCCUGACCAUAUACCGGGGCCAGGUGGUAUAUGUCUUCUCCAAGCUAAAGGGCCGCGGACGCCUCUUCUGGGGAGGCAGUGUUCAGGGAGAUUACUACGGAGACCUGGCUGCUCGCCUAGGCUAUUUCCCCAGUAGCAUCGUUCGCGAGGACCGGACUCUGAAACCCGGGAAAAUUGAUGUAAAGACAGAUAAAUGGGAUUUCUACUGCCCGUGAGUGCAGCCCGCCGCGAUGCCCGCUGUCUUCCCUCCUUGGCUUGUGUGCAAAUACAUCGGCCGAGCGCAAA